GAGAGCUAUAUAGUUAUUAAAUUGUUUCACGUUAUCCAAAGAUUUUCCUUACGUAUGUCAUUGCUUGUUUUUGGUUUCUUAUUCAGUGCAUAGAUAUAUAUUUUCAGAGAUAUCUGAGAGUUUAUCGACCAGCAGAACGUAAUCGAAAAUGAAGGGGGAAAGUUGUCCUUGGAAAAAGCAUAGGAAACGAGUCGAAUCUUUACUCUGUUUUGACCUCACCAACAAAGAACGACGUAAUAUUGCAGACGCUGGCUAUUUCUACCCAGGGGAUGGAGAUGUGUUGGAGUGUAUAUACAAGAAGGAAAACGUUCCCACAGAUCGGCUUACAAGAGGAUGGCAUAUCUUCGAGGAUUCCCAGCACAUGAAAGAUUUUAAGGCAAAGCAGAAAACUGGAUAUGCCACAGAGGUACAUAACAUUACUGAACAGGACUGCAGUGUGGGAUCUAAUUUUGUUAACGACGACGUCUCUACAUGUGCCACACUCCAAGUUGAAGAACCGUUGGAUAUCAAUAGUCAGGAUCCUGACUGUCUGAAGACCACCGGAGCAUCUCCUUGGGGUGAUAAGGAAAAUGUCGAUUUUGUGUGUCAUGAUGGAAAGGGCUGUUUUGAGGAUGAGGAAAAAUACCAUCAAGAAAAAAUUCUAGAUACAUCUUUUGCGGAUUCUGAUGAGGCGAAAACAUUAAAAAGUCAAAAGGAAGAAUGGAAAUUCUUGGAAUCGCCGUCUGAAAGCAUCCCCAGUAAACAAGGUGUUCUCACUGGUAGGCACAUGGAGAUUGAAGUUAAGAAAUGCGGUGGGAAAAUGCAAGGAAAAUGUGGCAACGAGAUGGCGAAUUCGUCGAAAUGGGAAAACAAAAGUAAUUUCAGGGGAAAACACAGGAAUAAAGGAAUCAAAGAUUUCUGUCGUGAUGUCUUCUGCAAGAUAAAUCUGAUAGAUCUCAUCAGCAUUGGAUGUUGCAUUAGAGAUGUUUCCACUGGGAUUAAACCUAAUGCAACGACGUUUGCCAUUUUUCUCCUAUUAGCAGUACAGAUUACAGAUGCUAAUUCAAAUGAUGUCUGCUUGAUCAAACAAAAGCAAAGCAUAGAUGUUGUGAAAUCAUGUCCAACAACUGUAGAAGAAUGGAAUAAAAGAGCUAAAGAAAAAAGAUGCGACGUGGUAUCAUCAUUUUGUUCCAAUGAUUCAAAAGUGGAGUAUCACUGUGUUUUGAAUCCUCAACAAGAUGGUUUGAUGGAAGUGUGUGCAGAUAUAUGGUACAGUGCCGGCUUCUGCAUAGAAUGGAAUGAAAAUGGACUACAGGACAACUAUGAUUUGGAUUGUAAAAACUACACCACACCAUGUCCCGGGUUUUAUGUUUCAAACACGACGUACAAAUAUCAAGAGUGUUAUGGGAUUUAUGCAACCACUCCAAAUAAUACAGGUGACGGUGGGUCAUCCAGUGUACAACUGAUCAUAGGCACUACGUACGUCUGGUUUAAUUUUGCUCUAAACAACUGUGAUUAUUCUUAG